AUGACGGACGUCUUCCUCUUCUCCAUCAUCAUCGGCUUGCUGACGUACUGGUUUUUCUUCCGCAAGAAGAAAGAGGAGGUCCCCGACUUUACGAAAAUCCAGCCGCCAACGGGGUGAGUGGGUUGGUGGCGAGGUACAUGGGUUUCACCCAUGGCAACUUACACCCAACAGCUUCAGAGAGGCGAGUGCUGGAGUCAUGUUGCACAUGCAGCCUUUGGAAAGGGUUUGGAAGCUUCCGCUGGCCCCAAAUCCUGUGGCCAGACUGGUGUCUGGGCCUAGGUACAGGAAGCACGUUAAGACAACUUCAGUGGCUAGCAGUCUGUUUCCAGGCACAGUCCAAACUGAUGAUUAUGUCCUACAAAGCCCUAGGUGUCUUGGGCACAGGCUACCUGAAAGAUCGUGUCUCCCUACACGAACCUGCCUAGUGAGUCCCUUCUCUUGACCCCACCAACACCAGAGGUGUAGCUGGUGGUGACCCACGACAGAGCCUUUUCUGUGGCUGCUCCCAGAUUGUGAGAUCCCCUCCCAGGAGAGGUUUGACUCCCUCCUUCCCUGUUAUCCUUCCACCAGCAGGCUAAGACCUUCCUCUCCAGGCAGGCCUUUAGAAACUCACGUGCAGGCAGUGCAAAUCUCUGGGCUUUAAUGAGUUUUCAUUCCCAGUUCUAAACGUGCUUUUACUGUAUUUUGACUACUGUUUUCAGAUCCUUUGUUUUACGAUGCAUUCUGUCAUGUUUGCUUUUAAAAUGCAGCAGGCUGCCUCGAAUCCCAGCUUGGGGAGUUAAGCCGGGAGGGAGAGUUCCCUAAAUAUGCCUCAGACAGGAUGAUUCCUCCGCACCAUACUAGCAUAUUUCUUUCAGCUGGAUUUUUUCACAAAAGCAAUUCACGGUAUGAAGCGAUGAGGUUCAGAGGCAGCUGACCCAGAUUGCCAGGUGCCGCUGGCUGGUAUCAGUCAACGAUGCUGCAGGGCUUGUGGUUCUCCUCCUCUGAAAUGCGAUGGCAGCAUAAUUGGGUGGGGGGGGGAGGUUGUCUAUGCAGAAUCCUUUGUCCAGUUCACCUUCCACCUUUGCUCCUGCUAUGUGUAGGUGGACCUAUUCCUGCAGGAGUGGCGACCCUCAGGCCUGGGGGCAGAAUGUGGCCCUGCAGGCAUCUCUGUGUGGCCCCUGAAUCUCUCCUCAGGCCGCAGCCCCUCCCUAUCCCUGCUUCAUAGCCCAGAUAUUUUUGCCUGGCUGUAAGGUGUCCUCGGACACUGAUAAAGCCCCUCGCUGGCCUGGAUGGAGGACAGAGAGGGGUCUGUGCUGAUGUCUACAAACCAGGCUAAGGUAAAAGUCUCAGUUGGCAUCAGGGGAAGACCUCGAGGGUGCCAUUGUUUCCACAGUGCCAGGUUAAUGGUGGACGUUGCAUUUGCAAGUGUCUUCCUUAAAGCUGGGGGUAAACAUAGGUCUGCAUUUAACGGCAAGCAGGGGUGCUGGAUCCUGCCUUUGCCUCCCACCUGACUGAUAGGAAGGUACGUUAGCAGGCCGCCAGUUCAGAGUCUCAACUCUGAAGCAAACGUUCGAGGAAACCUUAAGCGAGCUGCUCUCUCAGCCUCAGUUUCCCCCAUCUAUAGAAUGGGAGCAGUGACUCUGUUUAGGGAUGUUGCAACUCCUGCGGGGCUGCUGGGUGCUUACUGCGCAGAGCAAGUGCUUCACAAGUGCUUUGUCAUGGUUUUAAAGCUAUCAUACAGCAGUUGCAAAACACUGAAGGGGGCUUCCUAAGCCCAGGAGAGUAUUUGAGGAGAAUUGCUUGUUAACCACCAUCACCUCCAAAAUUACCGUAGCUCAGAGGGGCAAAGCUGUGUGAGAAAGGAGCACAUCUACAGUGGUGCCUCGCAAGAUGAAAUUAAUCCGUUCUGGGAGUCUCUUCGUCUUGCGGUUUUUUCGUCUUGCGAAGCACGGCUAUUAGCGGCCUAGCGGCUAUUAGCGGCUAUUAAUGGCUUAGUGGCUAUUAACGGCUUAGCGGCUUUAAGAAAAAGGAAACAAACUCGCAAGAACUCGCAAGACGAGGCACCACUGUAGAUACCAAAGGAUUGCAGCAGAGAUCACGUGGAGCAUGUUUUCUGGGAUGGUGCAACCAGUUCAAAGUCUCAACCUCUUAACCACACCACUUUGCUUUAUGGUGUGAAGGAGGCCUAGAGGGUGCCCCACCCAGGGCUCUCUGUGUGAGAAUGCUGUCAUUUCCCCCAGUUGGGGGUCAGCAAUUGGGCCUUCCUCAAGGGAUUGGAUUUUGUUUACAAAAUAGCCUGGGGAGCAGGGGGAGGAACCUGCGGUUUGGUUAAUGCACCUGCGAGAGGUGGAAUGCCAUGGUCCCAGUUCGCAAAAGAAAGGUCCUGUGGAACUCACUCCCACAGGAGGCAAUGAUGGGCGCUAACCUAGAUGGCUUGAAAAGGGAUAGGGAAAAUUCAUGUAGCAGAGGGCUGUCGUUGGCUCUGCUCUGCCCCCACAGUUGCUGUGGCCAGGAAUGCUUCUGAAAACCAAUUGCUGGAAACCACAGGAGGGGAGAGGGAUCCUGCUUUUCCCCAGGUACCUGGCUGGCCACUGUGAGAAGAGGAAUACUGGACUAGAUGAGCCUUUUACCAUUCUAAUGAUAAAAGAGGGAAGGAAUAAGUAUUCUCCAGAAUGCAAAAGGUAUUACCCGAAAGGGGAACCAACCCUGCAGUCCUUUCCUCCCAGGCAAUCUCCUCAUUUUGCCAUGGGGCUGGCUGGCUGUUCCUGUGGGGUGAUGCUCCUCCCAUGUCGCUUCGUGACCUUGCAGGGUGAUGGAUCCCCCCUACUUUACAGACAUUUUGUCUCCUGUUGCUGUCUAUCCAGAACGUGGGCGGAGAAGGGCAAGCAAGAGGAUUAAGGGUCUGGAAACGAAGCCUUAUGAGGAACGCUUGAAGGAGUUGGGCAUGUUUAGCCUGGUAAAGAGGAGACUGAGAGGUGACAUGAGAGCCAUUUUCCAAUACCUGAAGGGCUGUUGCAUGGAAGAUUGAGCAAGCUUGUUUUCUCCUGCUCCAGAGGAGAGGACCCAAACCAAUGGAUUCAAAUGACAAUAAAGGAGAUUCUGACUCGAUAUUCUGACUGCAAGAGCUGUUUGACAGUGGAAUGGAAUCCCUCAGAAAGUGGUGGACUCUUCAUUCCAAGUUUUUUGAACGGAGGCUGGAUGGCCACCUGCCAGGGAUUUUUUAGCUGCGAUUCCUGCAUUGCAAGGAGUUGGACUAGAUGCCCCUUGGCGGCCCCCUUUCAGCUCUCUGAUUCUGUAAUUCUAUCUCACAGCCUGUUGGCCUCAGUCUCUCCUUUCCAGAUGUUCUCUAUACAUCAACAGCUGUCUUUUCUUCUUCCUCCUCACUAGAGGAAAAUGCAUUAACUUCUCUUAAUAAAUGGAACAGAGGAAGCGUUUAUUCACACUUACAGUUUGCCCCCCUUUUCCCCCCAGGCAGAGGUCUGACCAGGCAUGACCUUUCGGGGAGUUUAAAGGAGUUUGUCGAAAAUGCAUCUUUUGCUUCGUUUGACUAUAGCCAAGUCUGCUGUCAUUUCACUUAUUCCUGCUUCCAUUUGACUGUGAAUAAUAUCUCUUUUCUGCCUCUAAUCUUGGCCCCUGAUCGCUGGCUUCCCUUUAUUUGCAUCCUCUUUCCCACGACCCUCCUCACCGAUUGCUUCUCAGGUGGCCAGGCCUGUCCAAGAACUGAAGCAAUGGUUUCUCCAACAGCAGCCUGGUGGGAGUCGAGAGUCCCAAAACAUUUGGAGAGCCCUAGGCUGGCGGGGUUGCCUUACAAACCAGACCCACGUCACUCCCCAAACAAUUGCUCAAGUCAUAGAAUCAUAAGAGUUGGAGGGGCCCCUGGGGAGCAUCUAGUCCAACCCCCUGAAAUGCAGGAAUAAGCAGCUGUCUCAUAAGAGAAUCGAACCUGCAGCCUUGGCGUUAAUCAGCACCAUACCCUUCUUAUGUCCUUAUGUUAACUGCAGCUGCCAGGAUUCUUUGAGGGAAACCGUGACUCUUUCAAAUCAUUUGUUGAUGCUGCUUUAAAUGCAUGCUGCAGAUGGGGCUGCAGCGACGGAGGGUCUCUGGGUCUGGAAGCCCUGCGUUCAGCCAUUCCUUCUGUCGCAGACUCUGCAGCUUGCCUUCAGUGCAAAAGCAGGAUAAUACAAACCAGCUUGUGCCAAGAUAUGCUGCGUGUUAAUUCUGUGGCUUCUGCGUGCUGCAUUUUCCCACAGCGAGGCCCAUGGGGCAGGCUGGCUGUGGGGAACAACUUUUUUUAUUAAAGAAAGUUUUGGGGGAGAGGAUUAACCUUUUAGGACACUCUCCCCUCCCUUCGCUUCCUCUGCACACACCCCUUGAGUCUUGUUCUGAAAAAGGUCCUGCAGGGACAAGAACUCUGGGGAAGUGACAGAGAUGCUUUUAAUUAUUUAAUUAAGAAAUAGCGCUGUGAUGUAAACCUGUUGUUAGGGCAACGGGCGUUUCACUCCGUGAGACGUCUCUCUCUCUCUCCCCCCCCCCCAACCCUUGAAUGGUUAGAGAGAUGGGGAGUGUUGCAAGGGACCCUGGGAGUUUUCAUUCUUGAGUUUCUCUCUCCCCCCCCCUGCCGCCACUCAUUCCUUUCUGCUCCCGCCAGAUGUUGGGAGUAUAGUUGGGUUCGUGCCGGACCCUCCGGGUAACUUUCGCAAAGGCAGCCGGCACGGAUCCCAGUGGGAUCGAGCCAGUCUCUUUGCAGGGACUUGGUAUGCAGAGCUCUGCUCCGCUCUUAAACAAAAGGGGGGCUGUGGCCGCUGGCUUUUUAAGCUCCGGGAGAGGGCUCAGGGGGGCGAGGGACCCCUCGCAUGCGUGCCUGUCUCGCGGCGGAGCGCGGCUCAGCCCUCCUGGCUCCCUGCAGCUGGCAUGAAAGUACAGGGUCGGAACCCGCCAUGGGCUGCACAUACUCGUCUCCACCCGAGGAGGGUCCUCCGGGGAGGUAAGUGAGCGGAUGUGCCCUUUCGGGAGGUUUUGUGGCUCUGCGCCUCGGAUGCAAGGCUGGCUCUUCUCGAGCUUCCUUGAGCCAACCGUUUUGGAUGCAAAAACUUGCCUGGAGGCUGGCGGAGGGGAGCUCCGUGGAGAGAAAAGCACUCUGCAGUUCGCAGGGAUGCUGCCAUGCGAGGCUGGUGCGUUGCAGGAAUGGCUCAAUCCUCUUCCUUUUUCUCUCUUCUUUCCCCCAUCAUUUUGGGGAAGGGCAGAAAAGAGCCUCUGCUUUGCAUGCAGGAGGUCCCAGGUUGAAACCUCAGUGGCGUCUCCGGGGAGGCCUGGAAGAGUUCCUUGCCUGAAUCCUUUGCUGCCAGUCCGUGUAGGCAGUACUGAGCUAGAUGGGCCCAAGGUCCAACACCACCAGGAUUUGUGUUCCAGUUUGCCAAAGCACCCAAAACUUCAUAGGGGCUAGCUUGCUCUUUCUCGAAGGCCCAGGUGUCAAAAUUAGGAGGAGGGGUCCUGUGGCUCAGUACAUGGCAGGAUGCUGGCUCCUGGUUCAACACACGCCUCACCCUGCACCCCCAGUUAAAAGAUCCUGGAGAGCUGCUGCCAGUCAGAGUAAGUCCAGGCUAAGCUGGAUGGUCCAUUGCUCUGACCUGGCUCCAUAAGUCUCUUUUUCAGACUAAUAAUAAAUCUGUAGGUCUGGAGGCACAUGAGGCCACUAGCCACCAAAUCUGGGAAUCCUGUAUAUGCCACUCUGCAUUCUGCAACAGAGGAAAGGCAGGGUAUAUACAUUUAAGGAAAUUAUAUUAAUAAUAAUUGUUCUUUGUGCAAGUUCACUGACAUCAGCCCUGUAAGGUGGGUCAGUAUCGUGUUUUCCCACCCACCCCUUAUUUUGCACAUUUUUACUUAUUCAUGGUUCUCGAUAUUCAGCACUGGUUUAUUUGUUUGGAAUAGUUAGCUUCCCUUAAUAGAUUAUUUACCAUGCCGGCUCAUAUCAAGCCUCCAGGUUGGGAGGCAGUAUAUCUGUCAGUUUCUUGGGAGCACCAAGAUGGGGAGGGGCUUCUGCCCUGCUUGGGAGCUUCCUGAUUGGCUAAAUCUGGAUGGACCCAUAGUCUCAUCCUUUAAUGUCAUCAUUAGUCACGAGAGGAGUGGAACCUCCAUUUACAAAACCAGUCUAUCGUUGACGACCAGAUGUAACGGGGAUCUGCUGCCGCCUCUGCCUGGUCAUUUCCCAGAAGAGGCAUCUUGGCCGGAUAGUGUGGGAAACAGGAUAUUGGACCAGAGGGGCCCCUGGAUCUGAUUCAGCAGGGAUUCUCGGAUAGUUUUUAAAAGCAUUCAGCUAUGCAGCCGCUGUCACAGUUAGGAUGGCAAAGGCGAGAGGAGAAUCUCUUUUCCGAUUCAUGCUUGCAGAUACCCAUUGGGCUUGAGGGCAAGUCAUAGUCUCUUCCGAACAACUAGCCAGGGCGGUUUUUGUAAACCAGAAGAGUUGAGCCAAAGCUGUCAGUAUUGUACGAGUCAUGAAUUAUGAGAGUAUGUGGCUACAUGGGUCUCCUGUGGACUUCACUAGCAAGACUGUUUUAAUCUGUUUUAGAAAGUUUCCGUGCAAGAAGCCUGCAGAUUCAAUUUCUGGUGUAACUCUGCACUUCCUGCUUAGAAAAAGGACCCAUUAAAUUUAAGAGGAAUAGCUAUCCCAAGUAAGAGUGUUUACCUGGGGUUUCCAAAGGCAUCCCUUUACCUGCUUCUAAAGUUCCUUUUUAAAAAUUACAUUUUGCAGUGUUCUCUUUUCUUUUUUAAUCUUUUGGCGGUGGCUGGCAGGGUGGGCUGAUACAUAUUUUUGAUUUUUUGAUUUUACAUCAAGGUGAUUUUAAAUCUGCAGCAAGAAAAUCUAGCUUGGUCAGUAGAGCAUGAGACUCUACUGAUGGCUAGUUGACUUGGAUGGCCCUCUCCUCCACGAAUUUGUCUAGUCCUCUUUUAAAGCCACCCAAGUUGGUGGCCAUCACUUCUCUCCUGUGGGAGGGAGUUCCACUGUUGUUUGUCUGUUCUGAAUAAAUCAGUCCUGUCGUCUUUGCAUGCCAGGGCAAGGAGCUCACAUGCUCUCUGAUGUGAGCGCUGUGAAAUGCUGAUCCACGAUGGACCAGCAAAGACAAGGGGUGUGUUGUUGAGGGUUUCAGCUUACAGAUUCUCUGGCCAUGGCUAUACUGUUGGCAACAGCAGAUCUCCUCCUGUAAAAUGGGAGGAGAGAAAUGUACCUCAAGAGUAGCUUUAUAUCUAUAUCUAUAUCUAUAUCUACCCUGAAUCUGCAGGGUUAAUAUCCUGUCUUAUCCUUCUUCUUUUUACUACAGCUCCCAUUUAUUUUUGCUUUUAUUCAUUUAUUGUGUUUAUAUCUCACCCUUUUCUCCGAAGGGCGCACACAUGGCUUUUCCUCCCUAUGAGGUAGGUUAGGCUGGGACUCAGUGACUGGCUGCCAAGGUGACUUUCGUGGCUGAGUGGAGAUUCGAACCCUGGUCUCUCCCAAGUCCUAGUCUGGCACUCUUAAACACUCCACCCCCACUGGCUCUCCUGAGAUGAAGCUCUGGUCUAUCUGCCUUGCCCAUCUGCCUGUUGCCAGUUGUAAUUUUUAUUAUUAAUAAUAAUAAUUCAUUAUUUGUACCCCGCCCAUCUGACUGGCUUGCCUCAGCCACUGUGUGGCCCUCGCUGACUCUUCCCCUCCCCUUUGAAAUCCCCUCCAAGCUCCGCCCUCACCCCUGGCCCCACCCACUCCAGCUCUGACCCUGCAGAAAGUGACUGUGUGUGUGUGUCAUAGAAUCAAAGGACAAUAGAAUCAGAAGGGACCCCAGGGUCAUCUAGUCCAACCCCCUGCAAUGCCUCUUUGCGUGUUGUGCUGUGCUUGAAAUCCAAAGCUGGCAAACCACGCUGAUUCCGCCCCCCCCCUUCCUUUCCCCGCCUGCCUCACAUUCUUCUCCUAUUGUGAAACAGGAAUGGGAACCAAUUCCAUGUCUCUGCUCUUGGCUGCUGUUAGGAGCAGGCAGACAGCCAGCUCCUCUCCUCCUCCUUUGAAAAGCAUCCUUGCCUCCUGUGGGAUCCAAUUAGGCCUCUCGCUCGCUCCUCCUCCUGUCUCUCUCUCUCUCUCUCUCUCUGUGUCUCCCCCAUGCAAAAUAAAAACAUCUCCAUCUCUUUCGCCUCUUGAGGCCCACGCCUCCCACAUCCAGAUGUGUGCUUCGUUUAGGCCAAUUUGGACAUCCCUCUCGGAUGAGCUGUCCCUGUUGCUCACCGCCGGAACCGCUGCUUGCUAAGCUUCCUCUAGCACAGGCCUUGGACCCUCCUGGACUUUUUUGAAGCUCUUGUUUGCUUGCCUGCCUAAUGAGCUUGGCUCUCUACUCCCCUUCUUCUUCUUCUUCCUUUUUGGGGGGGGGAGGGGGACGUCUGCCUCCUCCCCCUCCAGACAGCCUUCCCUCUCUCUCCAAGGCUGCUGCGCUAAAAGGCCUUGGCGAGGCAGCCUCCUCCCCCAGGGCAAGGUCUGUUGUCACAACAGUCCCGUCUGCGGGGCAUCAGAAUUGAAAGGGGGGGCCCAUUGGAGACCGGCCAGCCAGCCCCUGCUCAGGGUGCAAGAUCUGCAGUGCCCCCCCCCUAGAAUCAUAGAAUUGCAGAGUUUGUUGGGACCCCCAAAAGCAAUGCAGGUAGCAGCCCGGUCUCUCCAGCAAAGGAAAAGCAGCCUGUUCCACUGUCAAAAAGCCUUUUGCCCUUGCAAAGUGUUUCCAAACGCUCACCCAAAACCUACUCCCUUGCAAUGGGUCCCCCGUGGGUCCUGUUCCUGCCCUCUGGAGCAGCAGGGGACACAAGAACAGGCUGCCAAAUCAAGCCAGUGGCCCACCUAGUCUGGCAUCCUGUUCUGACAGUGGCCAACCAGAUGCAAUUAGGGAAACCCACAAGCAGGAUUCGAGCAGAAGAGCCCUCUCCCCUCCUGUGGCUUCCAGCAACUUGUAUUCAGAAGCAUUGCCUCGGUCCUGUAUACCUGAAGGAGCGUCUCCACCUCCAUCGUUCAGCCCGGACACUGAGGUCCAGUGCCAAGGGCCUUCUGGCGGUUCCCUCCCUGCGAGAAGUGAAGUUACAGGAAACCAGGCAGAGGGCCUUCUCGGUGGUGGCGCCUGCCCAGUGGAACGCCUUCCCAUCAAAUGUCAAGGAAAUAAGCAACUGUCCUACUUUUAAAAGACAUCUGAAGGCAGCCCUGUUUAGGGAAGUUUUUAAUGUUUAAUGCUGUAUUGUGCUUUUAAUAUUCGAUUGGGAGCCGCCCAGAGUGGCUGGGUAAAGAUAAUAAAUUAUUGUUAUUGUUAUUAUUAUUGCCUCCAACUGUGAAGGCAGAGCAGAACCAGCAUGGCUAGUAGCCACUGAUAGCCUUCUCCUGCUCUGUGAGUUGGUCCAAUCCUCUUUUAAAGCCAUCCAAGCUGAUACCUUCCUGUGGAAGCGAGUUCCAUAGAUUAACACUUCGGUGUGCAAAGAAGGACUUUCUGUUAUCCGUCCUGAAUUUUCCAUGUUCAGCUUCAUUGAAUGUCCAAAGAGGAGGAAGUCUAGUGUUAUAAGAGAAGAGACAAACCUUUUCCUAUCCCCUUUCUCCUGGUUGUGCAUCAUUUUACAGACGUCUGUCAUGUCACCUCUUACUCCCAAAUACUGCAACUUCUCCUCAUAAAGGAGUCAGCCCCUUGAUCAUUUCGGUUGUCCUUUUCUGAACAGGGUAAGAAAUCCAUUGUGAGCCCUAUAAGCAUAGCUCUGUGUGAGCAGGAAUUUUAUUGAAUAUUUACAAAAAAUGGUAAACAGAGAUGGACAUUGGCAGGAUUAUUGUAAUAACCUGCAGUAGAGCAUAUAAGUAGAUGAAUAAAAGAAUGUUGAUUUAGAAUAUGCAGGAAAUGAUAAAAAUGAAUUUAAGGAACUGCAGAAAGAGGAGGAAGUCGAGUUUUGAAAUGUUAAAAUGACUGUGAAACUAUUGAAAAUCGUAAAUAUAUAUGUGUAUAUAUAUACAGUGGUACCUCGGGUUAAGUACUUACUUCGUUCCGGAGGUCCGUACUUAACCUGAAACCGUUCUUAACCUGAAGCACUUUAGCUAAUGGGGCCUCCUGCUGUUGCCACGCCGCCAGAGCAUGAUUUCUGUUCUCAUCCUGAAGCAAAGUUCUUAACCUGAAGCACUAUUUCAGGGUUAGCAGAGUCUGUAAACUGAAGCGUAUGUAACCUGAAGCGUAUGUAACCUGAGGUACCACUGUGUGUGUGUGUGUGUGUGUGUGUGUGUGUGUGUUAAAGAUAACUCUAUCUCUCUUUCUUCCAGAGAGAAGACAACAAAUGAGGGCAGCUUCAUUGAGAAAAUGAAAAAGACGGUAUGUUCGGCUUUUAUUACGUUCAUACUUUUAAGCUAGUAGGCUAGAAAUGGAAGCUGCCUAAGGCAUUGUCCACAAGCCUUGAUCCUCUGCUAUGGAGUGACUGAGCCAGCUGAAUGGUGAUACUGGUUAGGAAUGCAGGAAGUAGCUUCGUCCCAAGUCAGACCAUUGAUCUGUCUAGCUCAGUAUUGCCUACACGGGGUGGCAGCAGCGGCUCUCCAGGAUUUCAGACAGAAGUCUUUUCCCAGCUGUUCCUAAGGACGAUUCUGGUCCUUGUGGUUCUUAGGAAAGGGUCGGAAUGGGCAGAUAGCUGCCUUAUACAGAGUCAGAUCAUUGGCCUGUCUAGGUCAAUAUUGCCUGCUCUGGCUGGCAACAACACCAGGGUUUCAAGCAGGGAAUAUUUCCCAUCCCUACCUGGAGGGAUUGAACCCGAGAUCUUCUGCAUGCAAAGCUGAUCCUCUGCCUCUGAGCUAUGGCACGUAGCCGGCAGGGAAGAGUCACCUCUCUGCCAGUCAAGUGGUAUAUAAAUGUUGUUUAAUUAAAAAAAAACCACCAGAAUUUAUACUGCAUGCAUUUCUCCCUAAAAUACUUACAUUUUUGCACUCAUCCCCCCUACCCAUAAACUCUGAAAAUAUGCGUUUCUUGAAUUGAGGACCGGCUUGCAAAACUCAGAGGAGCAUGUGGAACUGUGGUCCAAUCUGUGUACUGGGUCAGGAAGUGCAAAUUUGGCUCGAUUCACAUCAAACCCCCACAAAACUCUCCCCCGUACCUUCCUGCUGUCUGAAAUGGGUGCCGUUCAGGGAGGGUUUUACCACUUUCACCUGCUGCCCCAGUGUGGAGCAGAGCGAGUUUGCAUAGACUGAUUCAGAAACACUUAAGGGGCGGAGGUUGGGACCAGGCCUUUGGUGAUGAGCGAUCCCAGAGUUUUUGAACCGACUUGAGUUGUCUUUCCUUCUCAGGGCAGAAACAUAGUGGUGUUCUAUGGAUCUCAGACGGGAACUGGUGAAGAAUUUGCCAACCGCCUUGCUAAAGACGCCCAUCGUUAUGGGAUGCGGGGCAUGUCUGCCGACCCAGAGGAGUACGACCUGGUAUGUUCUCUGCAAAAUCCAGCCCUUUUGGGUCCUUGACGUGAUGAGGGACAAGCCCUGCUCUGCUUUUCCCACAAGCAAGGCCUUCCCUGGAUUCCUUCAGUAAUUGCUUUGUGUAACUUUGCCUUCUUGCAACCUAAGCAUUGUCCUCCCCUUCACAUUGGAGACGUUGGAUGAGUGGGUGACAUAAUGUGCUUUCAGCAUCUGCCUUGCUCACAAAUACUUGGCUCGUCCCAAAGAACGUUUCCAACCAAAGAAAGAUAGUUGCUUAAGAUCACAUGCCCAGGGGUGUUUGGGAUUCUUCUGGGGAACUCUUGACAUUCUCAGGAGCUGUCUCCUUACGUGCUGCCCCAUCUCAUUCCCAGGCUGACUUGAGCCGCCUCUCUGAAAUCGAUAAGUCGCUAGCGGUCUUCUGUAUGGCCACUUACGGAGAAGGGGAUCCCACAGACAACGCCCAGGAUUUCUACGAUUGGCUGCAGGAAACAGACGCUGACCUCUCCGGCCUCAAAUUUGCAGUGAGCAUUUUUACUUCUCCCUCUACCAUUCUUUUUCCGGGGCUCAGGUUUGACAUAUGUAAGUGGUAUGUGUGUUUGUGUAAAAGAAGCUGCAUUGGGGCUAUUUCAGGCUCUUUGCCUCAAAAUCUAGUUGCAUCUGUUGCGUAUUUAGCAGAUUAUUAUUUUUUUAAUCAUGAUUUUUAUGGAGUUUUCCAUAUUUCAUUUCAUUUCAUUGUACAUAUCCAAAGCUUACAUUAUUACUCAAAAAGAACAUCGACCUCCUUCCCUCCCUCUUUCUGACUUUCCUAUAACUUUAACAUAUUUAUCACAUUUCUAUAAUCACUUCUUUACCUUAUAUGAUCUUUUAAAAAUCACCCUCUCAUUUGUAAAUCAGCUCCUCCUUUCCACAUUACCAAACGUUUUCAUGUGUUUACAAUUUUCUUUCAAAUAAUAUAUAAAUUUGCUCCAGUCUUUUUGAAAUCUUUCGUGGGGUUGAUUCCUAUUUAGCAGAUUUAUUGCGCUGCAGAAAGUAUGCUGGGGAGACCACACGUUCAGGAAACAAUGAAGAAAUGCAGAAAUAUAUUUUGCUUGGCUUUAAUUACAAAAACAAAAACUCCUCUUACAUAAAAUCUAUAAGUAUGACCCAUUCACCAGGGUACUGAGAGAGGUACACGUUGCUUUUUAUAUACUAUACCUAACUGCUGACACAGCUUAAUUAACACAACUUAACAGCACCUGCUAUACUGCUUCACAGCUGUAAAACUAGGUCAUGAUAUUUACUCUGGCCUUUAAAGAGAUGCUCAUCUUGAGAAACAAUAAUGAACCGUAAUAUUUAAAUAAACCAUUCAACAGCUUCUCCCAGUGAAUCUGAAUUCUGAGUGGCAAAUAACCUCAGUGAUUUUAGCCUUGAAACAUACCCAGCCCCUUAAACCUGCAGAGGCUCCCCGCCCCCUGCUCUUGCCAUAUUGUGGCUCUCAUUGAAACUGAUGAAAUGAGCAUCUCAUCAGAAGAAUGUGGAUGUCAUGGACUGGCUAGAUUCAGAGGAGCGAGGGGAACCCCCAGGGGAAGAAGGGUCAGAGCCUGGGGAUUGGUGGUGGGAUGACGAUGAGUGGUCAGAGGGAGGAGGAGGAGGAGACUGGGAGGAGGAGGUGUUGGAAGCAGAAGAGGCAACAGGGUUUAGUGAGCAAGAAGAGGAUGUGGCAGAGAGCGGUUCAGACUCAGAGGCAGGAGAGGAGGGGGACCAGGAGACAGAGAUGAGGCAGGCUGCCGCAGAAUCCAGGGCGUCUCCCCCUCCUGCAAUGACCCGCUCACCUCCUACCUGGUCUCCCUGAAGACGCAGAGAAAUGAAUAGAGCAGAGGAGAGAUUGGUUGUGUACAGGCGCAGUCUCCGAUCACUUGCCAAAAACCCAGGAGAGAAGGGGGCAUAGGCAGUUGUGGGGAGACAGGGGACCAUCAAUCCUUCCAACUGCCUCAUUGGGGCAAGACCUAUGGGGAAGAGUUGCUGGAGCUCAACAUGGUGGCAACGACUUUGAGGCAACCUCCUCCAGGGUAUCCUCAUGGACCUACCUGUGGGUCCAGACCGACUGCCUGAAGACCUGUGGCUCUAGUUCCUUUCUCCACCCUGCACACAACUUAUAUAAAACGCCUCUUGCGGUGUUGUUUUUCUUUGCUAAACAGAGCCAAAGCCUUUGGAUCUUUACCAGACCAAAACUGGUUCCUGAGCUCCAGAGAGAUGCGCCUUUUGCAGAAAGAGCUGACGCUGGUUGUUGUUGUUGCUUUCUUAGGUGUUUGGUUUGGGGAACAAGACCUAUGAGCAUUUCAACGCCAUGGGGAAGUACGUGGACAAGAGGCUGGAAGAGCUUGGAGCCCAGCGGAUCUUUGAACUCGGGCUGGGAGACGACGACGGGAAGUAAGUGAGCCUUGGUCAGCCUGGAUAGCUCAGUUGGCAUGGGUUGUAGGUUCGAAUCCCCGUAUGGGACAGCUGCAUAUUCCUUCAUUGCAAGGGGUUGGACGAGAUGAUGUCUUUGGGACCCUUUCAAAUCUACGGUUCUGUGAUUUUAGGACUUCAAGUGCCGAAUUUGUCCUUCUCUUCUCACCCUUUAACAAAUGCUAUUCUGAAUGCUUAAAAAAAAAAUUCUGCUGGAACUGCUGAGAAGACUAGAAAUGCAGCAGCCACUGCAAAGUUGAGCAUUUGUGAAAGUGGCUAAGAGCAAAUGGCUUUAAACCAGCCGGAAGAGUUUGAGGGACAGGUUCUGCUAUGAGAAAAGCGUUUCUCUGACUUUAAAGAGGCAUUUCUGUGAUUGUAGAGAGAGCUGAGCGUGAGAGAAGCAAAAGAAGUCGGGGGUGGGUGGUGGGUGAGAAUGAACCUUCUCCCUAACCUGUGCAUGCAAGAAGCUUUUAAUCCAUGACCCUGAAACAAGGCUAGAGACGCUAGGCAUAUAAUAAUAGUAAUAAUGAUGAUGAUGAUGAUGAUGAAACAAACAACUGUCUGACUUUUAGAGGACAUCUGAAGGCAACCCUGUUAAGGGAAGUUUUUAAUGUCUAAUUUUUUGCCAUUUUUUAUGUGCUGUAUGCUGCCCAGAGUGGCUGGGGAAACCCAGCCAGAUGGGCGGGGUAUAAUUAUUAUUAUUAUUAUUAUUAUUAUUAUUAUUAUUAUUCUUGGUGGGUUGGUCCAGUGCCCUCCCAGGAUGGUCUGGCAUCUCUCCUCUCCCUUCAGGGGGGUGCACUGGCAUUCAGCUUGCUGCUGUUUUGUUCUAAAUGAUAACUUUGCUUCCCACCCCCUACCCUGCAAUCGCUUCUCUUGACAGCCUGGAAGAAGAUUUCAUCACGUGGCGCGAGCAGUUCUGGCCGGCAGUCUGUGAACAUUUUGGCGUGGAAGCCACAGGAGACGAAACCAGGUCAGUCCUAAGAGAUGGUGGUGGUGGUGGGAUUGAGAACCGCUGCAGAUGGAGCAUCAGUUUGAGUGUGGGAGAUGCGGCUCUGCUGUUGGCUUGCCGUGUGGCCACAGCUGGGCCCCUCUGGGGUGUAUGCAUCUACCUUUCACUCUGAAUGAAGUUAAUGGGCUUUCCCCAUUGUUUUCAAAGGAUUUACUCUUGAGUAUGUCUGAUGCAACCCAUUGUCUCAAGAUUGCCACUUGGGAACAGUAAACUCUUUUGAACCUGGUCCUGUCUAAUGAUGAUUAAUUUUAUUUUUUGAAAAUAUAUCCCACCCUUCCUCCUCAAGGCAGCAAACAGCGUACUGUUUAAAACGAAAGCAAAACAACCUUUUAAAGCAGAUUAGAGCACACUAGACACAUUUAAAAGAACAAACACAUAAAAUCAAUUACAGUUCAGUUUUUAAAAUAGCAGUUUAGAAAGUUAAACACAUGAUUUCAUCUGGUGAUCCCAAGGGGUUGCUUGGAACAGUAGUCUUUAGCCAGCAAUGCGCCUGAGUCCACAGGAAUUGCAUUUCAAAUGCCUGCUGCAAGCCAAUAACGAUGGAUACAGGUGCACCUCACUAGGCAAGGCCUUCCACAAUUGGGGAACCACCACUGAAAAGGCCCCGUCAUGAGUCAGCACCAUCUAGGCAGCCCCCAGUGACAGCAGCACCAACAAGGCCUCACCUGCUGAUCGCAGGGUUGAAUUUGGUUGGUGUCGCAGAAGGCACUGUAUGGGUUUUAUACACUAGUACCCAUGUCUUGAAUUUUGCCCAGGGGACCACCCCCGAAAAGGCCCUGUCACACCACAGGUCACGCACACUGUCAAUGUUUCCGGAACAGUCCCAAAUCUAAGAACUGGGCAGUACCAUCUGCUUGGCUCUCCUCUGUUGUCCUCUGGAGAGCUGAGAAGCUGGCCGUUUUGUCCUUGCCUCUGACUUCUCCUUCUCCUCCGCCAGCAUACGGCAGUACGAGCUGGUGGUCCACACGGACAUCAACCCCGACAAGGUUUACACGGGCGAAAUGGGCCGCCUCAAGAGCUACGAGAACCAAAAACCGUAAGUGCCACAUUUGUGGGAGCAGCAGGGUUGGUAUCAGGACUGCCGCCCCCCACCCCCAGGGUCGCUGUCAGUUUGGGCCUCAAAUAGCAAUGCAGUAAUUGGCCUGCAGGUUACCAGAGCCAUAGUCCACUGCAGCCAAAGUGUAGGUGCUUCCACAAUCUCUUGCAAAUGUGGAAUGGGUAUUAUAUGGCACCCGUAACAGUGCUAGUUCCGUAGAUCGAAGAAGACUAGUGUGUGUAUAUUGGGUAAGACAAUCUCGGAGGUAAACUGGUCCCAAAUUGUUAAGGGCUUUAUAUACUAAUAGUAACACCUUCUCUAUUAUUAUUAUUAUUAUUAUUUAUUAAGCUUUUCAGGUUUUAAAAUUUUACAAUUAUCCAACAACCAGCAUAAAAACAAGAUUCCAAAGAAUCUGCUGAACUUCCCUCCUCCCCUUUGUGGGUAUUAACCUUUUCCUCCUGCAUCUCUUAUAUUAAUCCAAAUCUUUCGCAUCUCGAUUAUACCCAAAAUUCAACAUUAAACUACAAGUGCUAUUCCAAUCCUCCUAAUGCUUUUAGUUGUUUGCAAUGGUUUUUAAGGCAGAUUAUGUAUUUUCCCCAUUCCUUAUUAAAAAUUUGGUCUUCCUGGCUUCUGAUUCCUCUGGUCAUUUUUGCCAUUUUGGCAUAAUCCACCAACUUAAUCUGCCAUUCUUCUCUGGCAGGGACUUUGUCUUCUUUCCAUCUCUGGGCCAUUAACAUCCGAGAAGCAGUGGUCACAUACAUAAAUACUCGUUUCUGGUCUUUUAGCACCUAGAAUGCCUAAAAGAAUAAAAAUAACAUUUUUGGCAAUACCUUCAUUUUGAUAUCCUUCCCAAUAAUGAUAAGUUCAACUUGAGGUGAAGGUGUUACUAUUACUGGGGUGGGAGAACACAUUCAUUUGGGGGCAAUCCUUGGAAGUGUCAAACCCCGUGUCCCCACUGCAGUGCAAUCGAUGACUUCAGGUACGUGGGGCAAUAAGUCUAAUGGGUCUUCUUGGUUCAUUCCAGGCCGUUCGAUGCCAAGAACCCCUUCUUGGCGCCUGUUUCUGUGAACCGGAAGCUGAACCAAGGCGGGGACAGGUACCUCAUGCACCUGGAACUGGAUAUUACAGGCUCCAAAAUCAGGUAAAAUGUCUAAGAAUGAAUUUGAUUCACCUGCAUACCCCAUCUUCCUUGAGUUUGUUGCAUGACUUGAAAUCUGAAGAGCUCUCCUGGAGCACGAGAAAACAGAACCUGUCUGGGGCUGUCCCUUGAUUCUCACAGUAGACAGAUGUCUCUUCCAGGGAUCCCAUCUGCAGAACCUGAUAAUAGUCUCUCUCCUGUCCUCCCUGCCAGCAAGUGCAGAGAUAGACUGCCCCUGAAAAUGGCAGUUCCAUUUGUUUUACGUUGCCUGGAGAAAAACAGUUCCUCUUACCCUUCGUGAACCUCUUGCCUGCCUUGUGUUUAAUCGACACAACAUUUUGCUUUGUACUUCCAGGCAUUUUAACCAACUUGCAUUUUCCGAGGGUAUGACUGAUCCCUGAAGGGUACAAAUACUCUGCUCCCCACCCCCCAACACAACGUGUAAAUUCUCCUAAAGUAAAAGUGGGCCUGUUUUUCUCUGGUGUUUCAGUCCUUUCCCCAUGCCUAGCUUAUGAUUUUGCAUAAAGGAAGAUUGGAGCUAGGGAGGCCUCUAUUAAAAUGGAUUUUUUUUUUUGGGGGGGAGAAAAUGCCAAGGAUGUGUGAUGGUCAGGGAUGAUGGGAGUCCAAGGAUAUCUGGAGGGCUACAGAUCUCAGUGUCUAGCCUAAAUGAGUGCAGCAUGGUGGAAACUCUCCCUUAGGUUGUCCUCCUGUUUUCUCUUCCUUGGAAGUAAGCUCCACUGAACUCAAUGGAACUUCAGUUCCAACUACAAACGUGCAGGAUUUUGCAGCAAGCAAUGCAGCAUCUUCCUUAAGUUGAUGUUGCUAUUUAGACAAUGAGGUGUUGACAGCUCAGGUUUUUCGAAAUCGUACUUCCAGGAAGCAAAGUGCAUGAAUGCAGAAUAGGGCUGCCAUACUUCUGGAAUCUCCCGGAUUUGUGUGCUGAAAAUAGCGUCUGGGCAGAAUUUUCAGAAAUUGGUAAAAAUGUCGGGGAAAACCCUGGCAUAUGGCAGCCCAAGGGUUGCUGUAAGUUUGGGCCUCAAAUAGCAUUGCAGUAAUUAACCUGCAGGUUACCAGAGCCAUAGUCCCCUGCAGCCAAAGUGUAGGUGCUUCCACACUCCAUAUCGGAAAGCUUAACAACUUUGCCCAAAACAAAAGAAAACAGCUUUUGAAAUAUGGCAACCCUAGAGACGUCCAAGAGGAUCCCAUCGGAAUUAUUUUCAUGGAUCACUACACAGAAUCUAGAUCCCAGCCUUGUGCGAUAAUCACUCUUUUAUACAAUCACAUGCUGAGACCUGAUCAGAUGCAUUUAUCCCACUGUAUUUCUUCAAUUGCGUUUUAAGUGGAAUAUAGUCAGACCCACGGUCCAUCUAACUCAGUAUUGUCUACACUGACUGGCAGUGGCUCACCAGGGUUUCAGGCAGGGUUUCUGGUCUCCCCCAGCCCUACCUAGAGAUCCCAUCUGGGUCUCCCCUUGACCCCAAUUCCAUGCAGCCUGGGAGAGUUUUGUUCAUGGCGUGUGUUGUGGGGCUCUGCUCUGAAAGCCAGACCAGGUGAGACAAGGCCUCUCUCUUGAUCUCUUUGCCAGAUACGAAUCUGGGGACCACGUCGCUGUGUACCCAGCCAACGACACUUCGCUGGUCAACCAGCUUGGGAAAUCCUUGGUGCAGAUUUAG